ACUAGGUGCUAGGUCUUGUUAGCAUUGCACGUGGGAAAUAUGGCGGACGAAAACAACGAGGAAGCUCCCGUUCACGUCAGAAACAUCUCGCAGAUAAAAAAUAAACAACGUAGGUUAGAAGAAUACCUAAAACUUAAACGUCUGAAGCAGAAGGUUAAAAGAACAGCCCAGAAGAAACGCAGAAAGGAAGCAGAACGGCUCGGAGAUGCAGCACCACCGAAGCAGGUUCCGAAGACGAUUGAGAGUACUCGGGAACCCGACGAUACUAUGGUCGACCCCGAAGAUGAAGAGGUUCAACUUGACGAAGCCAUGGACGAAAUGGCUGCAUAUUUCCGAAAAGAAUACGUCCCGAAACUUCUCAUUACAACCAGUGAUAACCCACACAAGCGCACCAUUCAGUUCUGCAGAGAACUGAAGCAGUCGGUCCCUAACGCGGAGUUUCGGUGGAGAAACCGAGCCCGGAUCAAGAAGCUGGUUGUGAAAGCUGGUGAACUGGGAUACACUGACAUCGCAGUAAUUAACGAGGACAGGCGACAUCCCAAUGGUCUUCUCCUGACCCAUCUUCCCAAUGGACCAACUGCGUACUUCAGAAUAAGCAGCGUAAAAAUGUGCAAGGACAUCAGGAAGAAAGCGCCGUACAGCGCACAUCGACCAGAGGUCAUCCUCAACAACUUCAACACCCGACUCGGACACUCGAUUGGGCGGAUGCUCGCUUGCCUCUUCCACUAUGACCCGCAGUUCCGUGGCCGAAGAGUUGUCACGUUUCAUAACCAACGUGAUUAUAUCUUCUUUAGGCACCACAGGUACGAAUUCAAAAAUGCUGAGAGGGUCAACAUUCAGGAAAUUGGUCCGAGGUUCACUCUGAGACUCAAAAGCUUGCAGAAGGGAACAUUCGACUCAAAGUUUGGAGAGUACGAAUGGGUUCUCAAGAGACAUGAAAUGGAAACAAGCCGAAGGCGGUUCUUCUUGUAAGAGUUGGAGUAUAUAGUAAUACAAAAAGUAUAAUAUGAAAA